AGCAACCACUUACCUCCCCCGGGAGCGUGAGCCCCUCCCGAGAUUCCAGUGUGCCUGGCUCUCCCUCCAGCAUUGUGGCCAAGAUGGACAAUCAGGUGCUGGGCUACAAGGACCUGGCUGCCAUCCCCAAAGACAAGGCCAUCCUGGACAUCGAGCGGCCCGACCUCAUGAUCUAUGAGCCCCACUUCACUUAUUCCCUCCUGGAACAUGUGGAGCUGCCCCGCAGCCGGGAGGUGUGGGCGGACAGCCGGUCGCCUGGAAUCAUCUCUCAGGCUUCAGCCCCCAGAACCACUGGAACUCCCCGGACCAGCCUGCCCCAUUUCCACCACCCUGAGACCUCCCGCCCAGAUUCCAACAUCUACAAGAAGCCACCCAUCUAUAAGCAGAGAGAGUCCGUGGGAGGCAGCCCUCAGACCAAGCACCUCAUCGAGGAUCUCAUCAUCGAGUCAUCCAAGUUCCCUGCAGCCCAGCCCCCGGACCCCAACCAGCCAGCCAAAAUCGAAACUGACUACUGGCCGUGCCCCCCGUCUCUGGCUGUCGUGGGUAGGAGAGAAGGGGAGAGGGGAAUGGGAGAGGAAAUGAAGGCUCUCAGGGAGCGUCAGAGAGAGGAACUCAGUAAGGUUACUUCCAACUUGGGAAAGAUGAUCUUGAAAGAAGAGAUGGAAAAGUCAUUGCCAAUCCGAAGGAAAACCCGCUCCCUGCCUGACCGGACACCCUUCCAUACCUCCUUGCACCAGGGAACGUCUAAAUCUUCCUCUCUCCCCGCCUACGGCAGGACCACCCUGAGCCGGUUACAGUCCACAGAGUUCAGCCCAUCAGGGAGUGAAACUGGAAGCCCAGGCCUGCAGAACGGAGAGGGCCAGAGGGGGAGGAUGGACCGGGGGAACUCCCUGCCCUGUGUGCUGGAGCAGAAGAUCUAUCCCUACGAAAUGCUAGUGGUGACCAACAAGGGACGAACCAAGCUGCCACCAGGGGUGGAUCGGAUGCGGCUUGAGAGGCAUCUGUCUGCCGAGGACUUCUCAAGGGUAUUUGCCAUGUCCCCCGAAGAGUUUGGCAAGCUGGCUCUGUGGAAGCGGAAUGAGCUCAAGAAGAAGGCCUCUCUGUUCUGAUGGCCCCCACCUGCUCCGGGACGGCCCCCUUACCCCUGCUGCUUCAGGGCUCUUCCCCGGCGGGUUGGGAGGGGCAGGAGGUGGCGUGGAAGUAGGGUGGGCUCCUUUCCUCAGGUAGAGGGGGGGCCAAGACCUCUGCAAUGCCGGGCAGUGAGCUAUGGACUUUCUUCCCCCUCACAAGCCUGGGGCCCUCCUGCUCUCGUCCCUGACCCUCCCUGCACAGGGCAAAGCCAGUCGGGGUUCCGGCACACAGAGUUCAUGUUUGCACCGUCUCCCCGCCCCUCACCCCAGAGGGUGAGGAGGAAUGAGGGGCAUUGGUGGUUAGGCCUGUUGGCUGUCUUGAACAGCUGGAGGGAAGAUGCAGGGGUGGGAAGCGGCCAGGCAGAAAGAGCUCCAGGCUCUCGUGUCGCCCACCCAUCCCUCCCACACUCACUCCUGACAGCUUUCCUGCACUGCAGCCUCCUGCUCCUCUGAUUCUAGUGGGAACAGGCCCCAGCUCAGCCUCUAGCAGGGAGGUCGCCUCCCAAUUUCAGCUUGCCCUGACCUCUGCUCGCAACCCCCGAGCUUCAAAGCCUCUUGCUCCAGCCCUGCGGCUUCCCCAGAAGCCUGGGCUGAGGGUGGAGAUGCCGCCUACACAUGACCCUGGCCCUCCACCUGCCUCCGGGCCACGAAAUGGGAAUUCCAGCACCACGCCAGGCACCGGGCAGAAGCUGGGCCUUCCGCCUCCCUUGGAUGGGGUCAAGAGGCCAGGCCUGGCACAUUUUGGAGUGUCCUGGCUACCAGCUCUCACCCACACCCACGCACCCCCCACACACUAUGCUCUCUCAAGAAUGUAAUUUAUUGGGGCCCCCCCAGCUGCUUUCCUCACCUGCCUCUGCCCUACCUUACACCCCCAGCUUGACUUCUUUCCAGUCCACGUGUGUAUAUAAUGAUAUCUAUAUUUUUGCCCAGGUCUGGGUAUUGCUUCUGCCCAGACCCUGGCAUCCCUUUCCACUGUGUGUGUGACCAUGCUGGGGGAGGGGACUCUGCUUGGAAUUAAAAGGUUGCAUUGGGUCCCUA